CUGAGCCAGACGUGCGUAGAUUAUUACGAGGAUAUUCAAACAAAUCUGGGUUGUCUGAGACUGUAAGGGACGUCUUGCAACCAUAAAUUGAGGGAAGAUCUGCAAUGCCCUCUGAACGUUGAAAACUUCAAUGACUUUCCAACACAACUUUGGCAACCCUCACACAGAUCAGCAACCUCGGUACCAAUCUUCGACGGUCUAACCCCACAAUGGAUCACUGCAACGGAUUCGCGCUAUCUCAUCGACUUGUAUCUUCUAACCCAGAUGCUUUGGAGCCCAUCGCAGUCAUCGGCUUGAGUUGUAGGCUCCCUGGGAGUGCAGUCAACGCACAGAAACUAUGGGAACUCCUGGAAUCUGGAGGUUCUGCUUGGAGUCCGUUUCCAAAAGAACGUUUCAACGACCUUGGUUUCCGCAGCGCAGAUCCGGCGAACCAUAAGCCCGGCACAACCAACACUCAUGGAGGGCAUUUUCUAGCUGGAGACAUUGGGGCAUUCGAUGCCACCUUGUUUGGAGUUCACCCUAUGGAAGCUAGUGCCAUGGAUCCCCAACAAAGAUUGCUCAUGGAAAUCGCGUAUGAAGCUUUUGAGAACGCAGGAUUAACGAAAGAUGAGCUUUGGGGCUCAAACACUGGCGUGUACGUCGGACAGUGGACAUCAGAUUACCACGAGAUGCUCGCCAGGGAUACCGAAUUCCCACCGGUCUACAUGACCACUGGAACCGGCCCUGCUAUAUCAUCCAACAGACUUUCGUAUCAUUUCAAUCUGAAAGGCCCCAGCUUCACGCUUGACACCGGCUGCUCAGCAAGCUUGGUUGCUCUCCAUCAAGCAAUCCAAAGCCUUCGAAGUGGAGAAACGAGCCGAAGCUUCGUAGCUGGGGUCAAUCUUACCCUGGAUCCACAGAGGUACACAUACCAGAGCCGGCUAAAGAUGUUUUCGAACGAAGGUCGCUCAUUUCCGUUCGACAGUCGAGCGAAUGGGUACGGACGGGGCGAAGGCUGUUCAGGAGUUGUCCUCGAGCCUCUUUCGACGGCCUUGAAACGUAGAGCACCGAUCCGCGCCGUGAUCCGUAAUUCGGUGGUCAACCAAGAUGGCAGAACUCCUGGUAUCAGCGUGCCGAGUUCCCAAGCCCAAUUAGAGGCCAUCAGGAAGGGAUACACCCAAAUCGGCCUACAAAUCAAUGCAGAUUAUGUUGAAGCACACGGCACCGGAACCAGGAUUGGGGAUCCUAUUGAAGCAAAGGCUAUUGCCGAAGCCUUUUCUCAGAGAAGCCCGGCCGAAGGUUUUCUCCCCAUAGGAUCCAUCAAGGGUAACAUUGGACAUCUCGAGAGUGCAGCAGGAUUGACGGCUAUUAUCAAGGCCGUCCUCAUGCUCGAAAAAGGGAUCAUACCCCCACAGGUAAACUUCCAGGAAGCCAACGAAAAUAUCCGGCUUCAUGAUCUUAGGCUGAGGAUCCCCAUUCAACCCGAAAAGUCAAAGUUAAAACGCAUCUCGGUGAACAGCUUUGGAUAUGGCGGCACAAAUGCUCACGUGAUACUUGAUGCGAGAUCAAACGAGGUAAACGGUACAGGCCCAGAAGAAACUCAGGAGCUGGCGUACCCGCCACGAAUAUUUGUGCUGAGUGCGGCUACUGAGAUAUCUUGCAAAGCUAUGGCCUCGAAUUUGCUGGAGUACCUGGAAAGUACUGUGAAUGGUGGCAGUUCGGAUGAUCUUUUAAAUCAGCUUGCAUACACCUUGGGCUGUCGGUCACUAUUCGAAUACCGCUCCGCAGCUAUUGCAGCAGAUAUCGGCGAAUUGAGAAAGCAGCUCCAGGAGAUAAGUGAGACAUCGCCGGCACGUCAGAGCUUGCGAUCAACACCGCGGAUUGGGUUUGUGUUCAGUGGCCAGGGGGCUCAGUAUUACAACAUGGGCCGCGAAAUUUUUGGCCUGUGGCCGACCUUCACAGAGUCUCUAACACGCGCAGGGCAGUGUCUAGCCCACUUGGGAUGCUCUUGGGACAUGGCUGCUGAGCUUAUGCGAUCUGAGAAAGAGUCUAGGGUCAGCGAGCCCGAAAUUGCCCAGUCAUUGUCUACAGCCAUCCAACUUGCCCUGGUCGACAUGAUGGAGGAGCUUGGAGUUACUCCUGCCUUAGUCGUGGGACAUUCGAGCGGGGAGAUUGCGGCUGCUUACUGCGCAAAACUCAUCUCUUUUGAGGACGCGAUGCGCGCGUCAUAUCACCGAGGUCGUCUGACAAGCGUGCUCCUGGGCAGAACCGACUAUCGUCCUGGUGCUAUGAUGGCCGUCGGCGCAGCGCCUGAAGUAGUUGAAGACGUCCUCCGGUUGGUGGAAGGCUCAUCAAAGAGGCUAAGAAUAGCAUGUUACAACAGUCCGUCCAAUGUCACGGUUUCUGGAGACGAAAGCUUAGUCGACAGUUUGCAGAAGGAGCUGGAGCAGCGAAACUUGUUUAAUCGAAAGCUGCGGACGGGUGGCGCAGCUUAUCAUUCGCACCAAAUGCUCCACAUCCAGCAAGAAUACGCCGAGUCACUGGAUGGUCUUAAAGGUCUUGAGGGGACUCGGUCAACAACUAUGAUCUCUUCGUUAACAGGCAAGGAAAUUGACGCAAGAGACAUCGACAAGGAUUACUGGGUCCGCAACCUCGUCUCCCCCGUGCUCUUCUCGACGGCACUCAGGAAGAUGUGGACUACUCAACGCGGCACCUCAAGAAUUGAUAUUGUCCAGGAGAUAGGUGCUCACACACAACUUGAAGGGCCAAUUCAGCAAACAUCGCGGACUCUCCAGAAUUCAAACAAGACGACCUACGUUGGUACUUUGAAAAGAGGUGUGAGGGCCGACUUCGCUAUACUUGGUGCCCUUCGGACACUGUUCAUGGCAGGAGUUCAAGUCGAUCUCAGACUUCCAAAUACGGGAUACGCUAAAACGGCCCCAACUCUUCUUACCGACCUACCUCCCUAUCCGUUUGAUCAUUCUAAAACUUAUUGGCAUGAAAGUCGGCUAUCUAGAGCGUACAGACAGAGGAGGUGCCUUCCGCACGAGCUCUUAGGGGUUCCUACAUCGGAUUCAAACUCCAUUGAGCCAAAGUGGCGCCGUUAUCUGCGCCUUGAAGAAGUGGCCUGGCUUCGAGGCCACGUUGUUCAGGGGCAAGUUGUCUUCCCAGGAGCGGGUUACAUCGCCAUGGGCGUUGAAGCGAUACAGCAGAGUGUCCUGAGCAUAAACCCGGCGGCACGGUUUGAGCAAAUUGCCUUUCGCAACAUUUGCCUGGGUCAAGCUCUCGUUUUGUCUGAUGACAGGAAAAACGUCGAGUUGACAUUGAGCCUUCGGCCCGAGACACAAUCAGCAAGGACUUCUUCCAAAACCUGGCAGGAGCUGCGGAUUUUCAGUGUCACGGAUAACAACAACUGGACAGAGCAUUGUCGUGCUCUGGUAAGCGUCGAAUUGGCUACAGACCACAAACCUGAUGAAGGGUUUCAGACAGCAAGCUACAGCGAGACCUCUCGCGCUCAGUUACCUAAGAAUGCAAAAAAGCUCAAGGCAGAGAAGUUCUAUUAUACGAGCAAGCAACUCGGCCUCGACUGGAGCAGUCCCUUCGACAAUCUUGUGAGCAUUGAAAGAACCAGUACUUGCUCCCUCGCUACUAUCAGGUCACCGAGUGUUAUGAGCAGUCCGACGGAGACCGAGCGCAAUGCAUAUUGGAUUCACCCCGCGGUCCUUGACAGUUGUUUAUUCCACGGCCUCUACGGAAUCUUGAUGGAGGAGGAUGGAUUCAGGGCGACUGUGGUUCCCACAUUCAUCAAACAGCUUGUCAUCUCUGGUCAAAGUGUAGACCCUUCGGUCACAGACCUCACUUGCUAUUCCCAAAGAACAUCCGCUGGCUUGGCUUUCGACGUGGAAGUUUUUCGGAAUGAGCUAACAGACACGAAACCGAUCAUCUCAGCAUCUGGAGUGAGAGCCACACGUAUUAGCGACAUGCGCCCACUAGCCCAGAGUGAGCGUGGUAUUUGCCACACUUUGAGCUGGGUGGCCCAUAUGGACUACGCCUCUAAAGAUUACAUAAAACGUCAAUGCGGGUCAAUAAUAGGCCGAGGAAGCAUACUGGAGAAAAAUCGACAACUGGAUUCCCUUGCUGCUUCCCACAUCCGGUGUGCACUGAGUGAACUCUCAGUCGAGGAAAUCCCGGAUGGCUAUCGGAAACUUUGGUUCUCUUGGAUGCAGGAAACCAUGUCCACCUUCAACGCAGUUGACAUCAGCAAGGACACACUAUGUGAAGAUGGUGAUCCUGCCUUUGCAGCCAUCUCUCGUUUUGGGCCAAAUUUGACAAGUUUGUUGAAGGGAACGGUACAACCAAUCUCGUUACUCCUUGAGGACAAUCUACUGGGCCGGAUAUAUUCAGAAGAGCGUUGUCGCCGCUGCUACGCACAGAUAGCAGCUUACUGCGCUGAAUACGGACGCCAACGCCCCCAAAUGAGAGUGCUAGAAAUCGGCGCAGGCAGUGCGUCGGCAUCAUUACCGAUAUUGACAGCCCUCCGGAGCUCGGGUCGAGUGAUGGCUUCCCAGUAUGUUUUCACGGAUAUCUCGGCCGGCUUUUUUGAUGCAGCGAAGGACGUUUUGGCCGAUUUUGAUGACACCGUCUCUUAUCAAGUCCUCAACAUUGAAGACGACCCAACCACCCAGGGCUUUGAGGCUGGGAGCUACGAUAUCAUCAUCGCGUCUAACGUUAUCCAUGCGACCAGGUCAAUUUCCUCAGCGAUCUCCAACGCUGCUUCACUGCUUCGUCCUAGCGGCAAGCUGAUCCUGAUGGAGAUCACCCAGGAUAGAUUGUUCUACAACUUCAUAUUUGGAGCAUUCGAAGGUUGGUGGGCAGGAAGUGAAGAAGGAAGAACUUCAUCACCCCUCCUUUCCGCUGAUCAAUGGUCAGCAAAGCUUGUGCAAAAUGAUUUCGACAAUGUGACUCCCGUGUUCGAGGAUUAUACAUUCUCCGAGGGAGGUUCCAUCAGUGUUUUUGUCGCCAAUACCAAACGGCCACCAAAAGUGCAAGACGGGCCUCGAAUACAUGUGUUCGCGAGCUCAACGACAGAACCAAAAAGCGCACACACUGUGCAGGGACUACAGCUCCUGCUAGGUGAUCAGAUGGUGAAUUUGUGCGAACUUUCAGCUUCGUGUACAGAGCGGAAGGCUUCUAUACUCCUCCCUGACAUUUGCGAUCGUUUAGGUGUUAGCCUGCCCGGUGAGGAUUGGUACAACAUCCAACGUCAUAUUAUCUCUUCGGACGUCGUUCUUUUUAUCUCGAGCGCAAUGGACGAAAAGACACGUUCAAGUGGAUCGCUUGUAAAGGGACUCUGCCGAUGUCUGCGGAUGGAGCUCCCCGAGACUCGAUUCAUAACCCUGGAACUUGCUUCUCCAGCACAAGACGUCGCUUCAAUGGCGGAAGUGCUUGCAACUCUUGUACAAAGCCCAUCUUUCGAUCUCUCUAUAGCUCAAGAUAAGAUCGAAACGGACUUCUUCUGGAAUGGAGAGCAACUCUUUGUGUCCCGAGUACUGCCCCAGCCUAAUAUGAGCAAUCAUAUCUACGGCACACUAGGACUUCUACCUCCUAAAUUGGCGCCUUUUCUGGAUCCGAAAAGUUCUCUCAUUGCGGAAACGGCAAUUCCAGGUCUGGUUGAAACCAUCAGAUGGAAGCACGACCCAUAUCGGCCGGAUGUCGGUCCAGACGAUGUCAAGUUCCAGCUCUGCGCUGCCAGCAUCAAUUUCAAGGACGUUUUGAUAGCUUCAGGGCAACUUGAGGGCAUAACGGAAAUGCAGAAUGAUUGCAGCGGGAUCGUGGUCGAGGUAGGUUCUAACAUGGCAGGCCGGUUCAAAGUGGGGGAUCGCAUCUGCGCUCUCUACUCUCGAUCUUACACAAAUUGGCCGAUAGUCCAUGGAGAUUGCUGCCAUCACAUUCCAGAGCACAUGACUUUCGAGGAUGCUGCGUCCGUGCCCAUUGUGUGGAUCACGGUCUAUCACUCCAUAGUCGAUUUGGGACGUCUGCAAAGGGGCGAGAGCAUUCUGAUUCAUUCGGCAGCUGGGGCAGUGGGUCAAGCUGCCAUCAUGCUGGCGCGCCACAUAGGCGCAGAGAUCUUUGUUACGGCUGGAACAGAAGCGAAGAAACGCACCCUGAUGGAACGCUAUGGAAUACCAGCAGACCACAUCUUCUCGAGCAGGACUGUCGCAUUCCGCGACCAGAUCAUGAAGCACACGAACGGGAAGGGAAUUGAUGUUGUUCUGAACUUUCUGAGCGGUGAUAUGUUUCGCGCCUCGUGUAACGUGGUGGCAACGUUUGGGCGAUUCGUGGAGAUUGGACGUAAGGACCUGAUGAACGACGCGUUGAUGCCCAUGGAAUUCUUGCUCAAGAAUGUCAGUUUCGCAUACGCUGACUUGGCCUUGGUGAUUACGGAGAACAAGCUUCUUGCAAAACGGUUGCUCCAUGAAGUGUUCAAGCUCCUUUCCGCCAACGCAAUUACCACCGUGCCGGUCCAGACCAUGCCAAUCAAUGAGAUUGAGACCGCGUUCAGGACUUUGCAAGCCAGUAAGCACACGGGGAAACUAGUGCUUACCGUGCGCGCCGACCAGAAGGUCAAUAUUGUACCACCCAGCCCAGCAGCUGCAGCUCUUCAAAGUUCCGCUACCUAUCUCGUUAUCGGAGGCCUUGGCGGUCUUGGUCGACGCGUAUGCACUUGGCUGGCAGACCGGGGUGCUAAGAACAUUGUGGUUGCGUCACGGUCUAUCGAGUCUAGUGACAGUGGCCACUCGAUGGUCGAGGCCUUGCGACAUCGAGGGGUUUCCGUUAUUCUCAAAUCCUGCGAUGUAUGCUCCGAAGAGCAAGUGCAGGGACUUGUUGCCGAUAUUAGGUUUCCGAUUCGCGGCGUCAUUCAGGCAGCAAUGGUUCUCCAGGAUGCUUUGUUUGAAGACAUGGAAGUCGAAAAGUGGUUUGCGGCAAUCGACCCAAAAGUCACAGGAAGCUGGAAUCUUCACCAUCACCUCCCCAAAGACCUAGACUUUUUCGUCAUGCUAUCGUCCAUUGUUGCCGUGAGUGGGAAUCUGGGCCAGUCCAAUUACGCCGCAGGGUGCAGCUUUCAGGAUGGUUUGGCACGAUAUCGGACGUCUCUCGGUCUGCCUGCUCACUCCAUUAAUGUCGGCGUUGUGGCAGAAGAUGGCUUCGUCAGCGAAAAUCCGGCUGUAGCCGCUUCAUUGAAGAAACGCGGCUUCGACACUGUUGCCGUCCGUGAAUUUCUGGCGCACUUGGACUAUGUUGUCACCAAUCCAUUGGGUCCAGAGCCGUCUCUGAGUCAAUCGUCCAUUGGCCUCGCACCCGCCUCGAAUGACGCCGGGUCCGGCCAACCCACCUGGACAGCAGGUCUGACCUUUGCGCACUUUUACGAAAAGGAAUCGUCGCAUGCGGUUCGACCCGGGGCUACCACCGAUGUGCUUAGCACAAUCUCACCUGCCAUGAAAGUUGAAGAAGUUGUGGGAGUCUUCUCCACAGUCAUCUUAAAGCAGUUGAGUAAGCUGAUCGACAUUGCGUUCGAAAAUCUCAGUGCCGCGCGGAGUCUUGACAGCUAUGGUGUGGAUUCAUUGGUGGCUGUUGAGCUGAGGAAUUGGAUUGGGGCAUACCUGCAAGCAAACGUUUCCCUCCUUGCUCUGAGGAGCACGGAAAGUAUCACAGAGCUUGCAGAACUCGUUACAAGAGAGUCUCGAAUGACUUGGAGGAAGAAAGAGAAUGGGGAUGUAUAACCUUGUCUCCGGGAAUUUAAUCAACAAGCGUCGUAAACAAAUUCUAUUACGGAUGCAGGGGUGUAGGUGCCCGGGGAUGGCAAAGAUCUUGUAAGGAUACAUUAGGUACAUUUUUCCUGCCUCCACAGUUGUUCAGUGUGUUGUCUAUUAAGGUGCUCGUUUGUGUUUCGAUUGUGGCCGUGAUUGAGCGCCAUCAUACGCUACUAAC